AUGGACGAACAAGGUCCAAGCAGAAGAAAUCCAUUCACCGUAACGGGCCAACAUGGUGACGAUCGUCCAGACGCAGGAGAAGACUCCGAAGGCCAUGAGAACGAAGUAGAAAUGCUGGGUGAGGAGUUGCCAUCGGCGAUGACGGAAUCGUACAGCGAAAUCGCGUACACGCACAACCUCUUCCCGGGUGCGGCAGCUGAAGAGACAGAUGGUGGCACCAGCAACGGCAACCAGCCAGACGGAUCGUCCUCAUCUUCCUCUUCGUCACAAACGAGAAAACGACCCGAUUCUUUAGUGUGCGAUGGACGCAAAGCCUCGUUCCCGUACAAUCUUGAGGGCACGGUACGAGUAGACGGUAACAUGACACAUUUCGUGGCGGAAAACCUGGAGUACAAAAUUAAGCUUGCUAGUCCGGUGACGGUGACGCGUAAGGAUUCGUGUAAUCUUUCCAGCUCGCGCCAGAGCACUCCAUCCGCGGCCACCGGUGGGCUUAGUGUAGCACCCGGAACAAGCGGUGCAAGUCUUGCUCUACCCGGAAGCAGUGGCGGUACUUAUGGUCGGGGAGCCUUGGGGUAUGGAGGUGCGAUGGCAGGCCACCAUACGACCUCCUCGUCAUCCGUCGAUCCUAACGUGUUAAAUGAAAUUGAACGCGAAGCACAGGCACUGGCAGCGUCCGUUGAUAAUCUGUCGGAAAGCUUAUGCAGCGUCCUGCACUCGAUCUCCUCGAUCACCGCGGAUAACGUGGAAAUUUACAAAAACUCCGUCACCAAGCUGACGGACUGUAUGGACGGAAAUAUUAAGUGCAUGUACACGAUAAUGGCCAAAGCAGAAGAGAUUUCCAAAACGAUCAAACCGGCGGAAGCGCUUGCCGUAAGGAUACGUGAAAUUAAAAGGCUAGUUGACAUGCUCGAAAGCAACCUGUGAGUAAGUCGUCCAAACAUUCACACGAUUUCCGCGAAACUAAACGCAGGAAUUAGGACCAUUCCGAUGGCGAUUGCUGACGCUCGUGAGAAUAUUCCAAUGGCUUUAAAAGGUGCAAACAAAUGUGUUGAAUGUGCACUAGAGAUUUAUCGUACCGACACGGUCACCAUUGCCACGCAACGUAAAAAUCCCUCCGUGCUAUUAUUUUAAUCCACCAACCGUUACGCUCGCUUGAGGCGAAUAAGUAUUUAGUUAGUUUACGUUUAGCCUUUUAGUUAUUGAGACCUAGUUGUUGCCCUCUUGUGUGGAAACA